AGGGGAGAGGGAGGGAGGGAGGAGCGGCGGCGGCGGCGCCGGGGUCCUCUCCGCACCCUCCCCCUGGGCAGGAGCCCCCUCAAAGCGGCCUCGGCCCCCGACGCGGGGCCGCCCCUCGGCGCCCGCGCCCGCCCGCCCGCCCGGAAUGAUGAAGAAGAACAAUUCCACCAAGCGGGGGCCUCAGGAUGGAAAUCAUCAGUCUGCACCGCCUGAGAAGGUCGGCUGGGUCCGGAAAUUCUGCGGGAAAGGGAUUUUCAGGGAGAUUUGGAAAAACCGCUACGUGGUGCUGAAAGGGGACCAGCUCUACAUCUCCGAAAAAGAGGUAAAAGAUGAGAAAAAUAUUCAAGAGGUGUUUGACCUGAGUGACUAUGAGAAGUGUGAAGAGCUCCGGAAAUCCAAGAGCAGGAGCAAGAAGAAUCAUAGCAAGUUCACUCUUGCCCACUCCAAACAGCCUGGGAACACGGCACCCAACUUGAUCUUCCUGGCAGUGAGUCCAGAAGAGAAGGAAUCAUGGAUCAACGCCCUCAACUCUGCCAUCACCCGAGCCAAGAACCGCAUCUUGGAUGAGGUCACCGUUGAGGAGGACAGCUAUCUCGCACACCCAACUCGAGACAGGGCAAAAAUCCAGCACUCCCGCCGCCCCCCAACUCGGGGACACCUAAUGGCUGUGGCUUCAACCUCUACCUCGGAUGGCAUGCUGACCUUGGACCUGAUCCAGGAGGAAGACCCUUCCCCUGAGGAACCAACCUCCUGUGCUGAGAGCUUUCGAGUCGACCUGGACAAGUCUGUGGCCCAGCUGGCAGGCAGCCGGCGGAGAGCAGACUCAGACCGCAUCCAGCCCUCCUCGGACCGGGCAAGCGGCCUUCCCCGACUUUGGGAAAAGCCAGACAGAGGGGCCACCUACACCCCCCAGGCACCCAAGAAGUUGAGCCCCGCAGAAAAAGGCCGCUGUGCCUCCCUGGAGGAGAUCCUGUCUCAGCGGGACACUGCCGCAGCCCGCACCCUCCAACUGCGGGCCCAGGACCCCCCGACCCCCAUCCCACCCCACCCGGGGCAGCUGUCCCGGAUCCAGGACCUGGUAGCAAGGAAACUGGAGAAGACUCAGGAGCUGCUGGCAGAGGUUCAGGGACUGGGAGACGGGAAGCGAAAGGCCAAGGACCCCCCUCGGUCUCCUCCCGAUUCUGAGUCAGAACAGCUGCUGCUGGAGACGGAGCGGCUGCUGGGAGAGGCGUCAUCAAAUUGGAGCCAGGCGAAGAGGGUGCUGCAGGAAGUCAGGGAGCUGAGGGACCUGUACAGACAGAUGGACCUGCAGACCCCCGACUCCCACCUCAGACAGCCCAGCCAGCAUAGCCAGUACCGGAAGAGCCUGAUGUAGAGGAAGGUGACAGAGUCUGGAACAUGUGGGGGUGGACAGACUCUUAUCUUCAAGUGUUGCAGGAUACAGCUUUUUUAUUUACCUCAGUCAAAAAAGAAAACAAAAACACAAUCAAAUUCGUUGCUCUUGCUGCUGCCCGACCCUCCUACAGCCCUUAUUUCCCAAACUCCUUUCCCCCCAUCUGUCUCUCUGAGACCUAAAUUGCCUCAGAUCUGGGGAGGAGGUGACCCCUACAGCAGUAUUAAGAAGCUUUCACCUGGAUGAAGAGAGAGAGGGUAACGAAGGCACAGCCUGACCAUGUUACACGCACCACCCCUCUUGAGGUGUGGUGAGGAAUAUACUGCUGCUCCCAAGGAUGUAUCUGGGCUCCUAGGUUUAGAGGGGGAGGUGUGGGGCGUCUCUUGUGUCCCAUUCCAAGUUUUCAAUCUGAGGGUGAAAUUUCAGCCACUCAGCCCUAGCUCGAGAGAUGUGGGAGCCAGUGCCACCUGUCCACGCACACAGAAGUGAAAUUUAUCCCAGCCCCGAGGAGGGUUUGUGCAAUUAAAACACCUCCAGCCCCACCGCCAGGCACUGGCUUCUCACGCCUAGCAGCCUCUGAUUGAGAUCAAGCUGCCUGGCUUUCUUGUAUGAGGUGUUUCUUCCCUUCAUCUCACACCCUUCCCAACACUGAUUCAGAGAUACAGCCCUGGACGGAUGGGAUGGAUUUGGUCAUUUGGUUAGGGGCGCCUAGCACAGGGGAACCGGGGACAGUCAACCCCACGGAAGAACCAAACUAAAAAGGAAACUGAUUUGUGAUGCAAGCUGGGUAGGAUGAAGGGGAAAACCAAAUAUAUGCCCAGGUUCCUCUUUCGGCCAAGCUAGGGUUUCCUGUAGCCUCUCCCUCUCCUUCCUCGAACCUUGCUUCCAACACUAAUCAAGCCCCAGCUUUAGAAAAACAUGUUUAUGCUCACACCACCACCCUACUGACCACCUCUGGAGCUGCCAGACUCCCCGACAUUCUUGUCUGUGGUGGAGACUACACAACUCACUGUGAUUGCUUCUUCCCUCUGAAGUUUCUAACAUCAGGUUUGAUAACAGUGAUAGUGUCCAGAGAAGAAGGCGACAGAUGAAUGAUUUUUGGAAAGAAGGGGACAGCCCCAUGAAUCGAGUAAUGAAGGGUUAAAAAAAACACUUUGAAGUACAGUUGACCCUUGAAAAGUGCGAGGGUUAAUCCACCUGUAAAUUAA